CUCCUUCUGCAACUCUCCCACUCCCUUCUUCACGGAUACUCUCUGACAGUUCUCCACACUCGCCGCAGCUGUGAGACCAUAGGAGCCUCAAAUAAUGGCACAGCUUGCAGAAGAAAACAUAUACGAAAAAAUAGAUGAAGGGAAUGUGUACGAGAAGCCAUUUGAUGAACCGGGUGGGCCUGCAGAGGUGCAGUACGAGAACCAAGAUGCUUAUAAAGACACUACAGUGAAGGAGGCUUUAUACAGUGAGAUUUCAAUGGAUGAGCCUGCUGAGAAGGCAGAGAGAAGUUCAUCUCCAGACUAUAUGAACACCAGAGACAGCACGCCUGAGGUAGAAGCCAAUGGCAGCGAGAGCUUGACCGAAGAAGAAAGUGCUCGUCCCUUCAGUUCCAGCCCAGAUGUGGGUGAAGCUGCUGAACAGGUGAAUGGCGAUGGAGUCUUGUCCAGACACUCAUCCUCGUCAUCCAUCGAGCAGUGUGGAGACCCGUGUGAAGAAAGCACUGAGGAUGCCAUGGCCAUGGCUUUUGCCUUCUCAGCACCCAGAUCUUCUGAACCAGAGGAAGAAGUCGACUACAGUCUCAAAACGGUGGACCCCAAUCCAGCUGCGGCCCCAGAGAGAGCCAUCAACUCCACACAGCCUGAAAUCUCUCUGUUUGUUAAGGCUGGGAGUGAUGGAGAAAGUAUUGGGAAUUGUCCAUUCUCCCAGCGCCUAUUCAUGAUCCUCUGGCUCAAAGGGGUCGUCUUCAACGUAACCACUGUGGACCUGAAGAGGAAACCAGCUGACCUGCAUAACCUGGCUCCAGGCACCCACCCUCCUUUCCUCACCUUCAAUGGCGAGGUCAAAACUGAUAUCAACAAGAUCGAGGAGUUCCUAGAGGAGGUGCUGGCACCACCAAAAUACCCUAAACUGGCAGCCAAGCACAGGGAGUCAAACACAGCGGGGAUUGACAUAUUUGCAAAGUUCUCAGCUUACAUCAAAAACACAAGGCCAGAUGCCAAUGGAGCACUGGAGAAAAGCUUGACGAAGGCCCUGAAGAAGCUGGACGAAUAUCUGAACAGCCCUCUACCUGAAGAGAUAGAUGCAGACAGCAUGGAGGAGGAGAAGAGCUCCAGCCGUUCGUUCCUGGAUGGGAACGAGCUGACUCUGGCAGACUGCAACCUGCUGCCAAAACUCCACAUAGUCAAGGUCGUUGCCAAGAAGUAUCGCAACUAUGACAUUCCUUCUGACAUGACGGGAGUGUGGCGCUACCUGAACAGUGCCUACGCACGAGACGAGUUUACCAACACUUGCGCUGCAGACAGAGAGAUUGAACUGGCCUAUCAGGAUGUAGCAAAAAGGCUGGUCAAGUAAAUGAUGUGACACAACUAACAGAGGAAUAAGGCUUUACAGAUGCAGUCAGAAAUAGAUCUGAGGUGUAGAGUUUGGUUUUGUAUACUUUAGCUUUAUAUAAUUUGUAACUACUGCAAAUGAAACCUGAAAAAAAAGUUCCGUUCUGAACACGGGUGACAAAAUAAAGAGACCUGCUGACUCAGCACUGGACCAGAAAAGUCUUGUUCCACUGCAACUUGUGUCUAAAAUCAUCAUAACUUGGUGGAUUUUUUUCUGAUAAGUUGAUUUUCCUCUAUUUAUUCCUAUCAUUUAGUUUAUCUCUUUACAGUAGUUGUUGACUGUCAAUCACACGCAAAGACCUGACUGCUGAGGAGAGAGAUUUCUGUUGAUUAGCUGAAAAAUAGUCACUGUAACAGUUUUCCUCUGUUGUGAUGAUUUUCAGUAAUGCACAGUCUGUUUCAUUAGACUUUAAGGCAUUCACUGAACUCUUCAGAUAUGAUUGUUUAAGCUGUGUAUGCCGAUAUUCUGUAUGAACGCUUAAAGGAAUUGUUCAGCGAAAGAUCUAAUUUAUUCAGUUUUCCACUUACCUCUGAUGUAUUUGAUGAGCCAAGACAUGUCCAGUGUCUAAAUUUUGCUUCUUUAGUUCAAUGCUGAUGCUAUACAGCUAACAUUGCUAACAAACAAUAAAAGUCAAUAGUCACCCAAAUCUUUUCUGUAAAUACAUCUCUAGAACUUCACUUGAGGCUUAUCAAUGUGGUUUAGAAUACAGUAUGACUUAUUCUGAACUUUAAAAAUGAACAAAACAUCACUGUGUACAUUAGCUAAAUGCUGUGAGCUGCCACUUUGGACCCUUGGACAACAGAUGUUGUGUUUAAUUCUAAUUUCUCUGCGUGUGCAUGUCCAAAACCAUGUCAACAAGUCUGCACAGCCUUAAUGAAGAUCAGGAUGCAGUGUAAGCAGGUUGAAAGAAACUUUGAUUGUGCAUUUAGGGAAAAGAUUUAGGUGACUAUUGACUUCAAAUGCUUAUUAGCAGCUAAAAUAAAGAAGACCAAUUUGGACACCAAACAUGUCUUGGCUAAUUGGCUUAGUGGAAAAUGGUGUAAAUUAGAUUUUUCGCUAACAACUACCUUAAAUUAUGUCUUUAGGUUUAUUUGUGUUUUCCAGAAACAGAGAAAGAACAAGUGUGAGCAGUAGAGCAAGACAGAACACAGAAACCUGUUGGUGAAACCUGUGAACAAAUCACAUUUUUGCAUGACUGUUUCUUAAUUGAAUCUGUUUGAAUGACAUUCUUUGAAAUAUUUAAAACUUUUUUGCCUCAAAACAAUCGACUGCUGAACGAAGAGUGAUCGGGUGAUUCAAAACACGUGCCUUGAUUUGGAAAUUCCUGGCCAAAAUCUUAAAUAUGAUUUACGUUAUGAUAGUGUUCCAUAGACCGUAUAUUAUUUUUAGCCUGAUUCAAGAAGCUUUCAUUCAACUCCUUACAGCUGUUUAGCCAAAAUACAUUUUAUCACGUUAACAUCGAACUUGUCUCUUUAUCAGCACAUAUAUCUACCCAGAAGAUUUAGUCUGGAGCUAAAUUAUGCCUGAUUAAUAUGAGUUGUGUGGCAAAGAAAAUUCAUGACGCCCAAUAGUGCUCUUAAAUGGAGUAAGGCAGUGUAGCCGGGCUUUUCUCCAGCUUUUCUCCGUUGCUCUCAGCAGUGCUGGAAUAGCACACUGCUCCACAGCCUUGAUGGGUCCUCAUGGAGCUGCGCUGCUCUUGUGUGGUUUGGACAAACAUUUGAUAUGAAAUGGGAGUAUGGCGCCAGAGAGGCCCAUCCUGCGUGAACCUCUACGAAUAAAAUAAUAUUUUCGCAGUU